AUGACAUCUCCUCAUGUCUCAGACUCAGAAGAUGAGCUAGGGACCGACAGUUUAUUGUCUCUUUCGCCUCAGAUAUUGAGAGCCAUAUUGGCUUCAAAAUUAGAAAACAAUAGCUCGUUUGCUCCCAAAUCAACAGUAAGUGUUAUUUACGUUGUGGGAAUCAAUAGGAGUUUACUAACGACAGGACAGAACUCACUUAGCACACUGCUGAAAGCCAACAUCGAAGGGUCAUUUGAAAACACUCUUCGACACAGUAUUUCACCAACAAUAGUGCCAUCGAUCAAUGGCGCCCAGGGCCAGAAUGGUAACUCCAACGAUAUUCUCAAUGCUUCAUCAGAAGAUCUGUCAUAUUCCGAAAACUCUAGAAGGGCAACACGCAGAAGAAAUGUUUCAUUUUACCAACAACACAUUUAUACGAUUGACUCUGUUUCUUACACUCUAAGAAUGCCCUUAGAAGAUGCAACAGAAUUGGUGAAAAAAAGACCAGAAAUUAUAGAAAUGUACCAUCGUGGAUGCUUGGAGAAGUAUUUGAAAAAUGGAUUUAAAUUGCCAGAACCUCCAACAGCACGAAAGACCACCACAAAAGCAUCUGUUGUUGAUGAGGAAAGUACAGUACCGGAAGAUUUGGAAAGCGAUGAAAAAUAUUCAUCAAGCUCUUCACAAGAUUCUUCUAGCGAUGAAUCAGAUGCCUCUCAACAGCAACAAGAGACUGUGGUAAAAUUUAGGGGCCAUAUCUACAGGGAUUUGGAUGCUGUUUCUCGAGCAUCUGGUUUACCAAAAUCUUUCUUCUCAAUGCAAAAAGUUCAAAGAAUGGAGAAAAGUGUUCCCAGAAAGAGAAAUAUAUCCGAAUAUCAAGUCGGUAUUGCUAAACGCAAAAAAGCUGCUAAUAGACCAACUCAAGCGUUCGGUAACGAUAUUUUCACUACAGGGGUCAACUCUCAAGAGAAUGAAAUUUCAGCUGCUGAGACAGCAAUUGACCAUGAAAUAGCCAGAGACUCAGAAGGAGAAGUAGUUGAGGUUGGUUCAGCUUCAGUUAAGAACGCUGCUUUGAACGCUUAUCAUGAUGUCUCGAGUGAAAGUGAUGAAGACGAUGUUAUGGAAAUUGUUAGAAGAGAAAGACAACUCACGCCUGACAGCAACCUAUCUAUGUUCCAACCUACAGUUGAAGAUGAGCAUGUAUUCCACAAGUUAAAGUAUUUCGAUGGUGACUCACUAGAUGGAGAGGCCGAAGUUGCAACCUCUGAACUGGACCCAAUGCUUCAACCUGUCCAAAGAAACCAUAAGAAGGCCAGAAAUACUGGUGCAUCAAAGCCACACAACUAUUCUACGUCAAGUGUUCGCUCUAGAUCUGCUCGUUCUUCAUCUGCUCGUUCUUUGGCACCAAAGAGAUCCGGCACUCGAAAGAGGAACCACAUUCCUUCUCUCAAAAGAGUCUCAAAACCAAAACCUCUCCAUCAUCCAACGUCUAAAAUAUUGAGUAAUAAAGUACAACAUUUGGGCAUACAGACAACAAAUACAAAUUAUCAGAGUAUAGUCAAUCUGCUCAAAGAAGAUAGACCGAAAAAAACCAGUCAACCAUUUUUCCACAUCACACCUGACAAAGAAAACCUUCUUCCACGAAACGCUGGUGCAUCAACUUUAGUCUAUGAAGGGUUAAGUGAGAGUUUUGCUCUAAGGGGCCUUCCAAAUCAGCAAAUAUAUGGGGAAGCUAGGGGGGAAGUUCCAAAAGAUUUUGAAAAAUUCAACAACAAGAACCUUGAUACUUUAAAUUUUAAAGGUUCAUCUAUAUUCAAAUCACUCAACAAUGAGGAGCUGCCAAAUAUCCAAGAAGCUAAAGUGACAUUUGGGAAAAGAACAUUUGUCUUUUCAAAAUUAUUCGGUGACUCUUCAGAGAAGUUAUCCGAAGUUUUCCAAUAUUUUGUUGAUCCAUCAUUCCUAAAAGGGUUAAGUAAGUCUGAUAUCAUUGAAUCAGUAAAUCAAGUUUUGUGCUUUUGUCUAAACCUUGAUCUUGAUGAAAUAAGGUCAUUAGUUGGAGUCGUCGAUAGUUUUAAAAUCAGGAUCGAAUCCAAUAUAAUGAAAAAAGGACAUGUUAAAGAUAUAGAAUUCUAUCUUUUGAGUAUUUGUGAUCUUGUUUAUGAUAUUUGCUCCAAAAAGUUCAACCAAAAUCAUAUAUACGGGUAUGAUUUCCAGUCCAAGGUUUUGGCAACAACAAAACUUUACUUGGAAUUUGCAUGUCACCUAGGAGGUGACCUUUUUUGUUUUAAGCUGCAGGAAACUGGUCUAUUCAGGUAUUCCAUGGAGAUAAUAUCGUCAAACUCGUUCAGUCCAAUUGUUGAAGUGUUGCGGAAUCUUUCUGUUCCUGAUAUGAAAUUUGUUGAAGCAAUAUGUCUUUUUUCUGCUAUUGAACAGCCUAUGUGGAAUCCUGUCGUUAAUGUUCUUUUACUUCACAUCAAAAAUGAAGAUUUGAACGGGUUGAGAUCUGAUAUCUGCUAUAUCCAUAAAUUUGCAACUAGGUUCAAAUGGUCAUUGACUGAAGAGCUUCUAUCAUUGGUGUAUGAAGCUUUAAAAAUCAACCGUUUCAACAAUUUUCCUUCUGAAAGGUCAUUCCCCGUUAUUUUUUCAGAAGUUGGAAUCAACAAAGAUACAUCAAUGAAUACUUACUUGAAUAUGCUACUGGAUUACUCCACAAAAUCUGACAAGCCUUCCAGUAAAUUUCUUGAAAAGAUAAUACCUGUCUCAAGAGGUGCUUUAAUGGACCGUGUCACAUUCUGUAACAGGGUUAAUAUUCUAUUAUGUUUAUCAGUUGCUUUCAAGAGGAAUUUUGAGUCCAGAAUCAAUGAGCUUUUGGCAGGCUAUCAAAUAGAUCAAAAAUUAGAUAUUCAAAUAAUUAUCAAAAUGAUAGAAUCUACCGUUAAAAUCAAUGAGAGAAACGGGUUUGUCAGCACAUUUAAGUCAUUGGAUUUAGUGGUUUUGAAAUGCAUAGAAAUAAAAGAACUAGAUCCAAUCAAAUUUUUUUUCAAUGCUUUGAAUUUCAAGUCUUUCAAGAUGAAAACUCAAAAAAACCUCAUUAUUAAGUUGUCAGCUUUCAAACAUGAUGGUACUUUUUUAAAAAUAUGCGAGCCUUUGAUUAGAGAUUAUUCCACAUUGGCGACUGAAAAGGAGGGAUUUGAAUCUUUGAAACACAGUUUUGGUGAUAUUAGCCCAGCUCUAGCCCCUGCAUUAUGGUGUUGCAUCAAUGGUAAAUUAGUCUCGGAAGACCUAGCAAAUUGGAGUAGAUUGAUGAGCUUCAGUGAUUUUGAUGAUGAACCGUUCAUAUAUACUUACAUUUUGAGGCACUCUGGUAAUAAAAUUUACCAACUUGAGAGAGAAACAUUCAUCAUAUCUUUGGUAAAGAAUUUGGUUGGGAGAAGAUACAGCUCGAGCCUGAACUCAUACAUUAGAGAGAUUGAAAAGUUUGAUUCGAAGUUAAUCAACACUAAGGGGGUAUUGGUUCAAAGCCAAAGGUUUCAGUUGACACUGGACCUUAUUGUGAAUGUCCUGGAUAACGAAUCGGAUUACACUAUAAAGAGAUUGCUGAGCUCUCUGGUGAAAUUUGUUGGCUCGGAAGUGAAAAAUUCAAUCAGUGAAGGGAAUUUACAUUACAAGGAAUACGUGAAACGGAUAGUCGAAUUUCUCGACGUUGGGUGCGUUGGCUAUUUGAGUAAUGAACAGGAGUUAGAUGGUUUAAAGAGAGAGUUGGGAAUCAUCAUUGGCCCCUCACAGAGAAAUGCAAAUGCGAGAAAGGUGAAUUCAAAUUCGUUAGUUCUGCUUGAACAAAAGUUGUUUGAUACAGUUUCAAACAAGAUACCUUUGGAUCCACAACUAAUCAGAAAUAAACUAUUCAAAGAUGACUUAUUUGACAUAUCCAUUUCAUCAUUUUAUGACAUCUGCUGUUUUCUUUCAAUUCAUGCUGAACUUUUGACUAGGUUACCGGUUUGUUGGAUUUUAUUGGCAAAGAUUUCUGAGUCUCUUUCUGUCCUAUUGCAACAAACGAAAAGUUUCUCACAGAUGGACAUUUAUUGUUUGGCAAAAACAGUGAAGCUGUUUCAUUAUAUUUUCAAACAUAAAAACAGCAAUUAUUAUAAUUAUCAGUUGUUAUCAAGUAUAAAUAUUUACAGGAUACUUUCUGCUUUAUUCAAUAUUCUUGAUGGUACCAAUGAUUACUUUGUUCUAUAUGAUCUAAGUUUCGUUUUUAUGUCAACAAGUCUUAUCUUUGACAAUGAAAUUCCAGAUACUGAUUCUCCUUUCCUGGUUAAAGUUCCUGUGGAUAUUUCUCACUGUAUAAGGGAGGCAAAUUUACCAAUAGAUCAAAACUUGAACUCUGAGGACCUACAAAGAAAGCUGCUACAUGAGUAUGAGAAAUUCAUGGAUCGUUUCAAGCUUUCAGAAAGCAGUGGCCUUAAUGAUGAGACUGUAUACGGUGAAAACUCAGGCGUUCAAAAUUAUGAAGGUGAAGUGGAAGAUGAAUGGUUUUGA